AUGAGCUGCACCGAUUUGGACGUAAGGGGCAACGUCCUGGCGGUCCUCUCAGGAGGAAUCCACAUGCCGGUGGACCCUGUGAGGCACGUCAAAAUCGGAGACAAGCUGGUCAUCGUCAAGAAGGAUCAGUUCAGCGACUGGAAAAUAGAGGACUCGCAAUCAGUUAUUGGCAUCGAGAGCGAAGUUCUGGAGCAGGAAGUUGAAGUGAUCACGUUAGAAAAAGGUGACGACCUGAAGGUUUUAGAAGGGUACGUGGUGCUGUACCACACCUCCUCAGACACGCUCAUCAUCGGUCCGGACAAUGUAAGCGUCCAGCUGGGUGACAUCAACUGCAACUUUACCUUCUUGGACGAUGACUUGGUGCAGUACACCAUGCGCGGAGAGAAAAUCGUGAAGGUGACGCCGAAGGAGGACAAAAUCUUUGAGUCCACCGUGUUGAAGUGCAACAGUUCAGGAGGAUAUUCAUCCGCAGCCCUGACAAUAAAAUGGUCGUCUUCUCGUGCAGCGCCUGCGACGUACACUACAUGCCUCGCCAGGGCGACACUGACUUCGUCAAGGCCAUCCCGUGUCAGAGAGGUGCGUUAA